GUGCCCUAUAACAUAAUUGGUUGGCUUGAGAAAAAUAAAGACCCUCUCAAUGAAACUGUGGUGGGUAUUUUUCAGAAAUCUUCCAACAAACUUCUGUCCAGUCUAUUUGAAAAUUAUGUCAGUUCUGACAGUGUUGAUCAAAGUGGAGAGAAGAAACGCAAGAAAGGGGCUUCCUUCCAGACAGUGUCAUCAAUGCAUAAAGAAAAUUUAAACAAAUUGAUGACUAAUUUACGAUCUACAUCUCCUCACUUUGUGCGAUGCAUUAUUCCCAAUGAAACAAAAACUCCAGGGGCAAUGGAUGCUUUCCUUGUCCUCCAUCAACUUCGCUGUAAUGGUGUUUUGGAAGGAAUCCGCAUUUGCCGCAAAGGCUUUCCUAAUAGAGUGAUUUAUGCUGACUUUAAACAAAGAUAUCGCAUCCUGAAUCCUUCUGCAAUUCCAGAGGACAAGUUUGUGGACAGCAGAAAAGCUGCUGAAAAAUUACUGGGUUCUUUGGAUAUUGAUCAUAGCCAGUACCGCUUUGGGCACACCAAGGUUUUUUUUAAAGCUGGUCUCCUAGGCCAUCUGGAAGAGAUGAGAGAUGAGAGAUUAGCCAAGAUUUUAACACUAAUUCAAGCAAGAGCCCGAGGCAAACUGAUGCGCACUGAGUUCCAGAAGAUGGUAGAACGAAGAGAUGCCCUCCUUGUGAUCCAGUGGAACAUUCGAGCUUUCAUGGUUGUGAAAAAUUGGCCUUGGAUGAAGCUAUUCUUUAAGAUCAAACCCCUCCUAAAAUCAGCAGAGACUGAAAAAGAAAUGGCUAAUAUGAAAGAAGAGUUCCUGAAAUUGAAGGAGGCCUUAGAAAAAUCAGAAGCCAGAAGGAAGGAGCUUGAAGAAAAACAAGUUUCUCUUGUACAGGAGAAGAAUGACCUUCUUCUCCAGCUGCAAGCAGAGCAAGAUACCCUUGCAGAUGCAGAAGAACGAUGUGAUUUACUGAUUAAAUCUAAGAUCCAGCUGGAAGCCAAAGUUAAAGAACUGACUGAACGGGUAGAAGAUGAAGAAGAGAUGAACUCUGAGUUGACAUCAAAGAAGAGAAAGCUGGAAGAUGAAUGUUCAGAGCUGAAGAAAGAUAUUGAUGACCUUGAAAUUACUUUGGCAAAAGUUGAGAAAGAAAAACAUGCUACAGAAAAUAAGGUUAAAAACCUAACAGAAGAAAUGGCAGCACUGGAUGAAACUAUCAGCAAACUUACGAAAGAAAAGAAAUCUUUACAGGAAGCUCAUCAACAGGCCUUAGAUGACCUGCAAGUGGAAGAGGAUAAAGUCAAUACUCUGAGCAAGGCUAAAGUAAAACUGGAGCAACAAGUUGAUGAUCUUGAAGGUUCUCUAGAACAAGAAAAGAAAGUGAGGAUGGAUCUGGAAAGAGCCAAACGAAAACUGGAAGGAGACUUGAAAUUGACUCAAGAAAGUGUCAUGGAUUUAGAGAAUGAUAAACUGCAACUGGAAGAAAAAUUAAAGAAGUAA